UACCGUUUCCGGUCUCGCUGAAGAAGAACACUUCCCUCAGGUUCAUAACAUCAAAUAUAACCACCUUAAAGAAUAAUAGUCAUGGGUUAAAAUGAGCUUUAACUUUGUGUCUUAUUGUAUGUUUACUAUUGAGAAUGUAGCUCUUUUGUGAUCAUAUAUUGUAAGUUGAUAGCUUGUGUUAUAACGGCAAAGGAAGUGUCCUGCACUCGCAGAUAUGAUGUGGACCACCAUCAUGCCUCCGUGGGCUCAACCUUGUAGGAAGUGUCUUCUGCACACUUUGGUUUUCCGGGGAGGGUUUCGGUGUUUAACGGCGGCCAAGGAGAGACGCUUUGAUGUCCAGCUUGGUGCUGCCGUUCGCCGAAGGUGCUCCACAGUUCAAAGCGACGUGAGGGUUCGGUUUGCUCCCAGUCCAACAGGCUUCUUACACCUUGGAGGUCUACGGACAGCCCUCUACAAUUAUAUUUUUGCCAAAAAGCAUGGAGGCACUUUUAUUCUGCGACUGGAAGACACGGACCAGAGCCGACUGGUACCAGGAGCAGCAGACUCCAUAGAGGACAUGUUGGAGUGGGCUGGUAUACCUCCUGAUGAGAGCCCUCGGCGGGGGGGAACCCUGGGUCCCUACAUGCAGUCGCAGCGAUUAGACCUUUAUAUUCAAACGGCUCAACAGCUUGUAGAGAGCCGACACGCCUACUACUGUUUCUGUAGCCCUCAGAGACUUGAGCUGCUGAAGAAAGAAGCUUUAAGGGCUGGGCAGACUCCAAGGUACGACAACAGGUGUCGCCACCUGCAGGCGGCGCAGGUCCAGGAGAAGCUGGCUCAGGGACUACCCCAUGUGAUCAGGUUUCGCUUAGAAGAGGGCGUUGAACCUUUUCAGGAUCUGAUAUUUGGAUGGAAUCGUCAUGAAGUGGCACAGGUGGAGGGUGACCCUGUUGUAAUAAAGGCAGAUGGCUUUCCCACAUACCACCUUGCAAACAUAGUAGACGAUCACUACAUGAAGGUCAGCCAUGUCCUGCGGGGGUCCGAGUGGCUCAUCUCUACCUCCAAACACCUGCUCAUGUACCGCGCUCUUGGAUGGCAGCCCCCGACGUUUGGACAUCUGCCUCUUUUGACGAACAAAGACGGCAGCAAACUGUCCAAGAGACAGGGGGACAUUUUUAUCCAAGGCUUUAGGAGAGACGGGGUCCUGCCAGAGGCUCUGCUGGACAUCACCACUAAUUGUGGAUCUGGCUUCACCACCAAUCGAAUGGGGCGGACGAUAGAGGAACUUAUUUCGGAGUUUAAUCCUUCAAAGAUCACAACUCAUUCUGCUCUAAUAGACUUGGAGAAACUACCAGAGUUUAAUAGAAUCCACCUGCAGAAGCGGAUCGAAAAUGAGAAGCAGUGUCAUUUGCUUGUAAAAGAGCUGAAGGAACAAAUCCUGCAGGCUUACACAGCAGAGAUCCAUGACAGGGAAGUGCUGGACAAGGACUACAUCGAGCGAGUGCUACAACUCCGCAAGGGUCACAUAACCUCCCUGAGGGAACUCCUCAAACCCACCUACUCCUACCUGUGGGUGCGCCCUUCUUUUUCCAGCCAGCAGAUGGCAGCACUCACCCCAGAGGCUCAUCUUAUUGCUUCAUUAGUGCUGAAGUUAAUAGAAGAUCAGGGUGAGAAGCUGUCUGUGGAUGAACUCAGUAAAGACCUGAAGGUGCUGGCAAAGAAGACUAAAGCCACCAAGUACAGAGAUGUCAUGAAGCUGUUACGCCUGGCUAUCAGCGGUCUGCAGCAAGGUCCAAGUGUUGCAGAGAUGAUGGUUUCUCUGAGUCCUGCGGAGCUCUGCCAUCGAUUCCAGAAGCUUCUGCAGCUCACAGACAACAGUUAAAGUCCGUCUGCACACCAACUGGAACCAGAAGACCUCCUUGGAUUUGGAUCGUAUUGACAAAUGCAUAUCAUAAGCCACCCUUGUGAUUUUUUUUCUUUGUUUUUGCUAAAACUAAAAGCAGAGCGUUUAAAUGCUUGAAAAUGCUUUACAUAAAAAGUUUUUAAAAUAUGUUUGUUUUUUGUCAUUUGACAUCAUGGAAAAAACAGAUAGAAAUUGCCUGUUUUUUAACAUUGUAAAUAUAAAUAGCUUUUUUUUAAGUGUUUGUGCAGUGUAAUUGCAUUUUGAGUAUAAAAUUGCUGAGUAACAUAAGAAGCAACUUUGAAAACUAUGCCUUAAAUAACGAAAUACAUUAAUUGAAGUAGGGCAUUUUAAAUGACGUCAUACAGUUUUAUACGUUUAAUAGAAGAUUGUGAACCACUUAUGAGAAAAGGGGAAAGAAAUGAGUAGGUUUGGUUCACAUUCCGCCUGUUGCUGAUGUGUCAGCCGGUGAAGGAGGCGGUUUUGCGGUAGCAGAGUCGGAAAUGUGACUGCGUGAGUGUCACAUGUCCCCAUAAACAGCCGACAGUUUGACACCUUCCUUCUCUGCAAAGCCUCUGAUUAUCAGCCGUCUCUCGACGAGUUUGGCCAUGGCGAGCAGUGGCAGCCGGGAGACUUUAGAGUCGUGGCUCAGUGAGUAAACAGUAUUUAGACGUUUUGCGUUAAGAUACAAUUAUGUAAAAUCAAAUUAAGCUUUGUAUUUUUAACCGCUUGUUGUUGUUUUUUGUGACGUCCCGCGAACUUGCUGAGGCACAAGUUGAACUCCAACUACAAUUUCUGAUUAAGAAUGAUAAACUGCGGAAUAUUUCUCUAUCACCGAAGAUGUGGUUUAUUUGUUUAUUAGUUAAAGUCAAGUUUAGGGUUAUACACGAGCAGAAAACUUACUGCGCUGAAACAGGAAGUUGUUGCGGCGCGUGCGUGUUAUCAGGCUCGAGAGAUCGACGGUGCACGCGCACUGUCAAAGUUGCGAUGCUGAAAUAAUUUUCGCUCCUAAAUUUACGUAGUUAGAGAGUUCUUGUCUAUAGAACGGAGUUUGUCUAUUUUUUUCUUGACGUUGUACGCUGAUGUAAUUGUAAUUACUUUAAAUACUUUGGGGGUCUUUUUGACUGCCGUGUCUCCUCAGACAGACGCACGUUCUUCCUGGACCUUCACCUUGUCUUAGUUUUUUUUAAAGAUCGUCACUUUCUUUCAUUCCUUCAAAAAUAAACAUGCUGUCACUUUUUUACUUGUAUUAAAAAGUUAAAUAUUUCUAUUAGUGUAUCUAUUACAUUUCAUAUGUAGCAUUGAUUGAUUGAUUGUAUGACUGACUGACUGAUUGGGUUUAUUUCAAGCAAUUUCUGCAAUAGAAACAAGGAACCUAUAGUACACACAUGACACAUUGAUUCAAUUAUUCAUCAUUAUUGUCAAAUAGAGUUUGAUUAGUUGCUUGAAAGGGAGUGGGAUGGAGCAAACCCAAACAAGCCCUAUAUUUUGUAGGGAAAGUAAAGAUUUAAGUCACUUCAUAUUUUUUCAAUGUUCAUAAAAGUACAGAAAACAUGUCAGUUGUUUCAUGGCUUAUUAUCAGCUUUUCUCUACAGUGUUUGUUUUUUUUUUUUUUUUUUUGCUUAAAAUAACAAGGACUAGUUAUGAGACGCUGAUAAAUUCGAACAGAAGCUUUAACAGAAACAGUUUGUAAGUUUAAUAUUUUGACUUUUUAUUAAUUAAAAAAAAUAUUUGC